GCCUAUCAGGCCCGGAUGCUGCUUCUGAUUACCGAAGCAAAGCAACGGUCGGGCAGCCGCAGGAAAGAAGAAGGUGGAGGACGCCGAGAAGGCACGUCUGUUGGCAAUCAAACAGCAGCGCCAGCAAGAUGAGGCAGCAGCAAAGGCUGCGGAUGAAGAACGAACUCAACGACGCGAGAAGAUAUUCAAUGGAGAGCGAGCUUUGCUCACAAUGGCAGCGGACUGGCGGGCCGAGGCCGAGAAUGGGAAAAUGGAAGACAGUGAAAACAAGAUCGCUCUCCUCCUCUCCCAUCUCACGGACCUCCUGGCCACGUUCAUUGCACAGCAGGAGGACAUCCACAACCUCGACGACGUGGUUCAGACGCACAAUCAGGUGUUUGACCAAGUCAACAGCCGCCUCCAGCAGCUGGAACAAACCGUCGCCGCCCCCAUUGCCAGCUCCUCCAACACCUACGAUCGCCUCGAGGCAUUGGAGAUUGACUUCGGAUCCCUCAAGGACGACCUACAGUUACAGCAAACCGAAACGCAACAAUUGGAGCAGCGGAUCUGUACUGACGCCACCCACUCGAGCUCGGAACCACGCGAGACAACUCCAAAGUUCGAUGGGCAGGAGAUCUUCUACGACUCGACGAAGACGGACCCGAUUCCAUGGUUCUGCAAGUUCGAGCUCAAGUUGCAGCUCCACCACGUCAGCGAACACAAGCACCACGCGUACUUAUACUCCCGGUCGGGGGGCGCGUGCCAAGCAUGGUUGGACAAUCUCUUGUCCAAGCACAGAGUGGUGGCUGCCGACUUGCACACCAAGAUCAGCUGGGAUGAUCUGAAGGCGGCGUGGCAUAAGCGGUUCCAAGUAGAGCUGUCGGAGAUCAAGGCAAUGGACAAGCGGAUGGUCUUCGAACAAGGCACGCUGCCGAAGUUCGCCGACAUCUUCGAGUCACCUACCGGUGUGGUGCCGGAUCGGCCGAUCUCUCACGAGAUCAUUCUUGAGGCCGGUGCCGUGCCGCCGAAAGGUUGCAUUGACCGCAUGAGUGAGGAGGAACUUACGGUCCUCCGCGCGCAACUCGAUGACUUGUUGGACAAGAGCUGGAUCCGCCCCAGUAGCUCUCCAUUUGGAGCGCCAGUUCUCUUCGUAUGGAAGAAGAACAAGGAUCUACGAUUGUGCAUCGACUACCGCAAGCUCAACGCGCAAACCGUCAAGAAUGUGGGGCCUCUUCCUCGUAUCGACGAUCUUCUUGAGCGAUUGGACGACGCAAAGUACUUCUCUAAGUUGGAUUUGAAGUCGGGAUACCAUCAGAUUUCGAUCCGGCCGAACGAUCGCUAUAAAUCCGCGUUCAAGACGCGGUAUGGGCAUUUUGAGUGGGUGGUCAUGCCUUUUGGCCUCACCAAUGCUCCGAUGACAUUUCAAGCGGCAAUGACCAACGAGUUUUGUGCGAUGUUGGACCGGUUCGUGCUGGUCUACUUAGACGACAUUCUCGUCUAUAGCCGGUCAUUGGAGGAUUAUCUUGAGCACCUUCGACAAGUGUUGGAGACGCUCCGUCGCGCCAAGUACAAAGCCAAGCGCGACAAGUGCGAAUUUGUCCGGCAAGAGCUGGAAUGCUUGGGCAGCUUGGGCCAUUUUGUCACACCGGAGGGCAUCAGUCCGUUGUCGGACAAGAUUCAAGCCAUCCAAAAGUGGCCGGAGCCACGGAAAGUCACGGAUGUUCGUUCGUUCCUUGGUUUUGCCGGCUACUACCAACGUUUUAUCAAGGGAUACUCGAAGAUCGUGGCCCACUUGACCAAGCUUCAAUGCGAGGAUCGACCGUUUGACUUCGGAGAGGAUGCACGGGAAUCAUUUUUGACUCUCAAAGGCGCGCUAUUAUCUGCGGAGGUCUUGCGCAUAUACGACCCGUUAUUGCCAACGAGCGUCACUACGGAUGCGACCGACUAUGGCAUUGGUGUCGUCCUCGAGCAACACGAUGGCAUGGACUGGCACCUGGCCGAGUACUUCAGCAAGAAAGUGCCCGUCAUGCACUCCAUUGAUGAUGCACGCAAGGAGCUCCUCGCCUUUGUCCACACGCUCAAGCUGUGGCAGCACUUCCUCCUUGGUCGAAGUCAAUUCCGCUGCUCCGGCUCUGGAGGGAAGGAGAAAAGGAUGACAAUGAAUGGGAUCACCUCAGAUGGUAGGAUAGGACUGAAGUCUGUCGUCUCAUUUGCAGAGGGAGAAGGGGGAGAAGGUAGGCGUUUUCUAGGAGUUAUGGGGGUAGGAAAUGAAAGGGCUCAAACUGCAAGGGAGAAAGGAAUCAUGGGUAAAGGUGGGAAGAAGAAGAAGAAGGAGGAGGAGGAGGAGGAGGAGGAGGAGGAGGAGACGGAGGAGACAGAGAAGAAGGGGAAAACAGAGGAGGGCAUAGGAAGAGAGCACAGGAAGCCUCAUCAUCCUGCUCCUGCUCCUGCUCCUGAUGCUGAUGCUGACGCUGAUAAUGAUGCUGAUAACGAUGAUGAUACUGAAGAUGACGUCGUGAUAAAGAUGCUGCUGCUGAUGAUGAUGAUGAUGACGUCGGCGUCGACGAAACGCGCUGUGCUUCAAGAGGAACGUCCCAUGGCGGGCAUGAAGGCACGCGCUAUUCUGCCUGCAGCUGAGGGCGGAAGAAGACCUGCGACGACGGAGCCUUCACGGCGGUACGACCCGUCCAUGUACAGCCAUCUGCCGUCGUGGGAGACGCCGCUGCCUCCCUCGGACGAGGAGCCGGAGGGGGAUGAACUUCCAACGUUUCCUCUYGCCAGCGGGUCSACGCAGCUGUUGUCGCAGACGGUGCUCGUAGGCGGGUCGGCGAGCAACGAACGAGGCRAGUACACGUCACUCCUGCAGCAAGGGUUGGGAGACGACGACGACGGGGGAGUUGAUCUCCGGUUCGGCUUGAGUUCUGGCGGUGCCARGGAGGCGAGCMGCACGGUCAUCAYCGCCGCCCAUGCUUCCGCACGUGGCCUGCAGCAGCCUCGAAGGGAGCARACGGGACCUUCCACAGUACGUGGCGGCGCGUCCGUCGUUGGCGGUGUCGGGUCUUCGCCAGCAGCCCGGCAGCAUGUAUCGAGUGCGCCGUCCGGGGAACGAUUGACGGAUAACUGGGACGUGCGCACUGCUGCCGCAGCAGCGUCCCUGCGCACCAGCGGUGCACGCUCGUCAAUGCUGAACCGAACAACACCCGCGCCACCCGAAGGGAGGGACGAGGGCGCCUGCAGACCACUGGCGGGUUCAAGAGCCAGUGUGGAGAACAUCACUCGAGGCGUGUCGAACAUGCGGGCACACAGCGAUGUCGGCGACGACGAUGGUUGUGGCGGUGACGAUGCCGACGAUGGAUUCAGGGAGGAAGUCGAAGCGGGGGACGACGACGACGACAAUGUUGUUCGGCCUGUGGGGAAGACGGGUGGUAGGGGUAUUGGACGCAGCAACCGUGGUGGCCAUGGUCAAUCCGUUGGCCGUGGCGGCAGAGGUGGCGUCACCGACGACGGAGGGAAGUCUGCGACGUACUGGUCGACAGACGAGCAGAUGCUCCUCGAGUGGAAGUGGGUCGACAUUGCGAAGCGCAUGGCGAACGGUGGGAGCCCUAAAGACGCAGACGACUGCAUGAAGAAAUGGGACAAUUUGUUCCAAAACUACAAGAAGAUACAGAGGUUUCAGAACGCGAGCGGGCGACCAGAUUUCUUCAAGUUGUCCAACGACGAAAGGAAGGAGCACAACUUCAAGUUCCGGAUGGAGAGGGUGCUAUCCGCGGCCAGCAUGUCGACGCGAGGGAGCGCCCGUGGCACGAAGCGCGAUGCCGCAGCCGCCGUCGGGCUUGCGCAGGCGAAAGGUCGGUGCCAUAUCCCGAAAUCGAAGAAGGUGCGCUCCGGUGAAGCGUCAGGAAACGUGCCUGCUCGUGGUUCCGAAGGUUGGGCGACCGCAGCGGAAAUGGAGUCUGACGACGACUUCGGGAUGGAGGAACCGCAGGCGGAGGCGACGGCAUCCGCGGUGCGACAAAGCGCUUGCCAGCGAGCUUCUGAUCACAGCGCGUCGAAGAGGAUGCUCUCCCCUGCACCCGAGGCGCAGCAGGCGCGUGGCCGCGAUGCAAGGAAAGACAAGGCUGCCGUCAUCGUGGCGGAAGGCGAUGAUGACGAGACGUUGGAAAGACGUCGCCAGCGCAAUCUUGCACAAGACUCCGCAGCGCCGUUGAUGACUACACGCCUCCCGGAAAAGGAAGUCGUGCCAGAGCGACGCGCAAUCGAGGGCGAGGCGGCAGGUGCUGCGGGCGGGACCGCCACAGUGAACUCGGCCCCCGUGGCGACGGCGAGAGAGGAGGCAGCAGCUGCGACGACGGCGAGAGAGGACGCGCGUGGCGAGAAGACAAUCGAUCGGGAGGGCGGCGAUGUUGGUCCGAGCCGGGUGCGCAAGGAAACCAUGAGCAGAGAGCUCAUCGAUCGCGCCCUGCUCUGGGUGGAUGACAAAGCGUUCUGGAGGACGGGGGAGGGGCGGAGAUUGUACAACAUCAUCCACGAGACGCGGGAAUACUUCGUCGCCAUCGCCAGCGGCCUUCCAGCGACUACCGUCUCUCGCAGCGUCAUCCUGCCGAAGUCGAGCACCAGGGUAGCAAGGAUCUCCGACCCAUCGCAGCUGCAGCAAGCGAUCACCCGUGCGGCGAAAGUGGAGAACGUGGCUUUGCGCGUCCUGCAUGGCUGGGUUUUCAACUCCGGCAACCGCGCAAGGGGGUACAACCUGGCUUACCAGUAUGCACUGGAGUCCGUAGCAACGAACAUCGCGCGUGCUAUGUGGUACGCCGAGGACUGGUCCAACGUCGUCAGCGCGCCCAUCUGCGGCCACACGAUAGAUCUCAACAUGGACUUGCUACUGUGGUUCGCUGGCGCCCAUAUCAAUGACAGACCCGACGACGACGACAUGGCGGCAUACCAGGAGUCGACCGCCAUCUGCAUCGCCCAAACAUUCCGCGCGGCGGUGCAGAUGGGAGCGCACAUUGACGGCGAUUUCAUCUCCUACGACCGUCUUUGUCGGGUGGCUGACUGCUUCAGACUUCUGUUGGCGGCGGCAAUGUGGAUAAUGCACAUGGCGGGAGACGACUUCCGCAGCCACUACGAGGCGUUCUACUCCGUCAACUUGCUGGCCAGGCCUACACUGGUCGCGUCCAUGCAUCGCUCCUUCGACCAUAGACGAUCCGUCGUCCGCGCCUCGAAAGCCGUCACCGAGAGGCUCGGGAAGGCGAACCCCACGUUUGGCGAGCACCCCAACUACAUCCCUCAAUGGGCACCCUGCGGCAUUACUUUCGGCCACGACGCCAGCGUAACGGGUCCGGAGGAUUGCAAGAGGCUUGAUUGGUUGGGUUCGGGCCCCACCGAUGACGACGGCGACGACGACAAGAAAGAAGGCGUGUAGCGGGUGGGGCGGCGGUUGUUAUAGUCCUCGAACAUGUCCACGUGGCACAUCGACGUGAGGGGCUUCACCGCGGUUGGACUGUU